UUUAGGAUCAUAUUUAGUAAGAGUAAAUGCCCAAAAUAGUCCCUCAAAUUUAAAUCGGUGUUCAAUUCAGUCCUUUAAUUUUCUAAAUGACCAAAUAAAUCCCUAAAAUUCAGAAACGUGUGUCCCCGUUAGUCCCUCCCAGAAUUGCCGUCUUAACGUUGCUGAUGUGGAACGUUAACUGCCAUGUGGGCGUUCCAGCUGGAUGCUGAUGUGUGCCAAGGUUGAAUUUGUUUCAAAUUGGUAUCUGGAAUUGCCUAAUAUCACCCAAAUGAGUCCAUUGCAAUUAUAAAACCCUAAUUUUCUUGUCUUCUUCGAUUCUGCUUCUCUUCUCCGACUCUCCUUCUCUUCUGUUCGACAUCUCUUCUUCGCCGUAAAACCCAAAUUGAUUUCUUGUCUGUGUGAGUGAUGAUGGGUGGUGGCGAGAAAAGCCAAAGUAGCUCAAGUAGGAACAACGCCGCAGGCAGACCUUAUGGAAACAAAGGAAUGCGAAAUAGGGGAGGUAAGAACGGUGUUUUCUGUUAUUGCGGGCUUCGAACGGUGAUGAAGCACUCAACAACUGCAGAAAAUCCUGGUAGACCAUUUUAUGGUUGUCCGAACUAUGAGUAUGGAAUUCACUGUAAUUUUUUUCGCUGGGCUGAUGGGUGUGAAGAUCAAGUUUCUGCAGCACCCAUUCCACCAGAAGUUUUGCAUGAGUUAAGUUGGAGGAUGACAACCUUGGAGAGUGAUGUUAGGACCGUGAAGAUGAUGACAAUGAUGCUGCUGGCUUUUGUUGUUACUUUUGGUGUGUGUUUAGGUUUUAGUUUGUUGGGGUUUAUAUUCAACAAAUGAUGAUAAUGUUAUGAAAUUUUAAAUUUCUU